CCUUCUGAUUCCAGAAAACAAAAAUCAAAUUAAAAUUAAAAAAAAUCAAACGCUAACGGACUGCUCUCGCUCUCCCUCGACAAAUCGAUGACCGCUACCUCCCUUUCCAUGUCAAAGCUCCAUUACUCUCUCAGGUUUUGAUAGGUUGUGCCUGGAUUGUUAUUUUGUGUUGUUUUAGUUGGUUAAUGAUGACAUUAGUUUGUUAAUUGAGGGAAAAAUGAGCUUUGAUUUUUUGAUAAUAGAGAAAUGGAAAGUGAUGAUUUGUCGAAUUGUAAGGAUUUGGAAGCUAAGUUAGGGUCACAGAAGGGUUUGUCAAAGAAUUUGUUGAAACCUAGGGUUAACAAAGGAAUGGAGGAGCAGAAGGAAUUGUUGGGGAAGCAAAUUGAGGUUGGUAUCGAUUCAGAUGAUAAUGAGCCUAUUGGGUCUUUGUUCAGGUUGAAGAGACCUAGAAACCCUAAAAAGGUUAAGGUGGUUCUGGAGAAGAUUGAAGUUAGGGAAGAUAAAUUGGUGACCGAGGAUGAGGAUUUGGGAGGAAUGGAUGAUACACUUGCGAGUUUUAAGAAGAAGUUGAAAGCUCCUAAGAAGGGUUUGGGAUCUGUAAGUGCCAUUCAAAAUGAAGGUGAUGAGUUAUUGGAUGGAAAUGUGGAGAAAAAAGUACAAAACAAGUGUAAGGAGAGAGCGAGUAAAGUGGGGAGUGGUUGGAAGAGAGUGAGAACUGGGGGUGAUGCUGCGGUUGAUGAUGAUUCAGAGGGUUUGGGAUCUCAGGGUGAUCUGUUAGAGAACCAAGAAGAGGAAAGUUUGUUGCCUGGUGAGAGUUCAAGUCAGUCUUUGGAUAAGUUGGAAGAUUCAAUAUCAGCUUUUUAUCAGAAGAAGCAAUUGGGUUCGGUGAGGAAGUCUUGUGCAAAUUCGAGUUCAAAGCAAAUUAAUAGGGUUCAGUGUUUGGAGGCCAGAUUAAGCCCUGAAUCUGGAGUUGGUUCUGGGGGUUCCAAGGAUGUGGAUUUAAGUACAUUCAGAUCCAGUCCUGUCUCAAGUGUGGUCUGCAAAGAUCUGGAAGCUGGAGACAGUUCCCAUAUAGUUGCCAAUUCGAGUUUGUUAGAUUCUACCUCUAGACAAAUUUUGAAUACAAAAAACCAGAGGCUUGAUAAUGGGUUUGGUGAAACUUCCUAUUGCAUAGAAGAAAACUCGGAUAGAAUCAAAGGGCUCUCUGUGAGCAAGGAUGAAAGUAUGAAAUCCAGUGACAAGAGGCAUGAUAAAUCUUCAGAAGUUACUGCUGAGGUUGCUGCACCUGCAUCUCCAGCAUUGGGAUCUCAACAUGGGGUGAUUGAAGAUGAAGAAACGCAGGACCCAUGCAUCUCAGAUUUUAAAGGGGAACCUAUGGGGAAACCUUGUAGUCCAUAUAGAAUUUGGAAUGAAAGUCAUUCCGCUCCAGGCAAUAAUGAUGGCUUGGAAGCUCAAACUUUAAAGAAUGGGUUAAAGCUUUGUUCUGUGGGUAAAGUAAGCACGAGGAACGCAUUAGAACAACAAUCUAAGGGUGUUUCAGCCGCAUGCAUUUCAAAUGCAGAACCUCAAAUUUCAAUAUCUUCAGGCGGAAGAGAAGUCUCAGCCUCCUCUAGCCCUAAUAGUCAAAAUGAUCUGCAGGAUCUUGCUUCAGUUCCAAAAAAGGAAAAUGUCGAAAUAUCUGAUGUUAGGUUAUCACCUAUUACUGUAACAUCCAGAGAAGUCCACAAAUGUACAUUUUCUUUGUGCAUGAACCACAAUGGGAACUCCUUAGAUUAUCUUUCCAUCAAUGAAGAGGCCAAUGGACCAUCUCCUCGAUCUGUAACUCCAGAAGAAAAUGAAAGUUAUCCAGAAGAUGCUGUAUCAGUGCCAGAUUCUGACAUCAAAGAUGGUCACUUAGCAGCUGUACAUCGUGCUAUGCGGAAGCCCAAAAAGCGUAGACUUGGAGACAUGGCUUAUGAAGGGGAUGCUGAUUGGGAGACUUUGAUAAAUGAGCAACAAUUUCUGGAAAAUGACCAGGUUGUUGAAAGUGACCGAUCUUUUAGAACCAGAGAGAAGUCUGAUUCUUCUUCAAAUAGUGCUGAGGCUGAAAAUGGCGGGAUCGCAGCAGUUUCAGCUGGAUUGAAAGCACGUGCAGCAGGUCCAGUUGAAAAGAUCAAGUUUAAGGAGGUCUUAAAGCGCAAAGGUGGGCUUCAAGAAUAUUUGGAGUGCAGGAAUCGGAUAUUGGGUCUUUGGAGCAAAGACGUUAGCCGUAUAUUGCCUCUUGCAGACUGUGGCAUCACUGAGACUCCUUCCCAGAAUGAAUCUCCCCGUGCUUCUUUAAUAAGGCAAAUCUAUGAAUUUCUUGAUCAGAGUGGCUAUAUAAAUGCUGGAAUUGCUUCUGAGAAAGAGAGUGCAGAACCUAGUGCCAAUCACAAUUAUAAACUUGUCGAAGAAAAAACUUUUGAGGGAAAUCCUGGAGCUUCAGUAGCUGAUUUAGAAGAUGGGGUCUCCUUUAUCCUUGGUCAGGUUAAAAGUUCUCAAAAUUCCUUGGAGCCAAAGGACAGAGUUCCAAUGGAUAACCAAGACCUGGCAUUGAAAGCUUUGAAAAGUGGGAAGCUUGUUACUCCAAUGACACUGGAUUUACCCAAUGUCAAGGAAUGUGAAGAAUGGCCAGCUGAAGAUAUUAAGCAAAAUAGUGUUAGCAAUACAAAGUUAUCUAAUGGGCUGGCCAGUUUGGAUGCUUUGAGUACUGAUCCAUCUUGCACAAUGCUGGAUAGCAGGACGGCCCCUGUAAUAAAUCCAGAGUUAAGGAAUGGCUUGCAGAGUGUUAAAUCUAACUCUUGUGCUGAAAUGGGAGGAAGUCAUAAAUUGCUGUGUGAUUCCGAAGACAGAAAGAAAAUAAUUGUCAUUGGAGCUGGUCCUGCUGGCUUAACUGCUGCACGUCACUUGCAACGUCAGGGUUUUUCUGUCACUAUACUCGAGGCUCGGAGUAGAAUAGGUGGUCGUGUUUAUACAGAUCACUCAUCUCUUUCAGUCCCUGUAGAUCUUGGGGCUAGUAUUAUAACUGGAGUUGAGGCUGAUGUGACUACUGAAAGAAGACCAGACCCUUCCUCAUUGAUUUGUGCUCAGUUGGGCCUUGAGCUGACUGUGCUAAAUAGUGACUGUCCUCUUUAUGAUAUUGUGACUGGAGAAAAGGUUCCUACAGAUCUGGAUGAAGAAUUGGAAGCAGAGUACAACAGCCUUCUUGAUGACAUGGUCUUGGUUAUUGCUCAGAAAGGGCUACAUGCUAUGAAAAUGUCUCUGGAGGAUGGUUUAAACUAUGCCCUCAAGACACGUCGCAUGGCACACCCUGGAGCCUUUUUCGAUGAAACUGAAUCAGGAAAUGCAGUGGAUGCUUUAUAUGAUUCCAAAACUUGUAGUGUUGAUGGUGGAGCUCCUGAGAAUUCUAAAGAGGAGAUUCUGAGUCCUCUUGAGAGGAGGGUUAUGGAUUGGCAUUUUGCUCAUUUGGAGUAUGGUUGUGCUGCUUCUCUCAAGGAAGUUUCGCUUCCCUACUGGAAUCAAGAUGAUGUUUAUGGAGGAUUUGGAGGAGCUCAUUGUAUGAUUAAAGGGGGUUACAGCAAUGUUGUCGAGUCUCUUGGGGAACGACUCCCCAUUCACUUGAACCAUGUAGUCACAGAUAUUUCAUAUGGCAUCAAAGAUGCUAGAGCAAGCGUGAGUCAUCGUAGCAAAGUCAAAGUCUGCACCUCGAAUGGUAGCGAGUUUUUGGGAGAUGCUGUGCUGAUUACCGUGCCUCUUGGGUGCCUGAAAGCAGAAGCCAUCAAGUUUUCCCCUCCAUUACCGCAAUGGAAACGUUCUUCCAUUCAGCGACUUGGUUUUGGAGUUCUUAAUAAAGUAGUCCUUGAAUUUCCAGAUGUUUUCUGGGAUGAUUCAAUGGAUUACUUUGGUGCGACUGCUGAGGAAACUGAUCGGAGGGGUCAUUGUUUUAUGUUCUGGAAUGUCAAGAAAACUGUUGGGGCUCCUGUUCUUAUAGCCCUAGUGGCUGGUAAGGCAGCUAUUGAUGGCCAAAGAAUGAGCUCAUCUGAUCAUGUAAGUCAUGCACUAAUGGUUCUUCGUAAACUUUUUGGGGAGGCUUUGGUACCUGAUCCAGUUGCAUCAGUGGUGACUGAUUGGGGCAGGGAUCCUUUCAGCUAUGGUGCUUACUCCUAUGUUGCCAUUGGAUCAUCUGGAGAAGACUAUGAUAUAUUAGGGAGGCCUGUUGAGAACUGUGUAUUUUUUGCGGGUGAAGCCACCUGCAAGGAGCAUCCAGACACGGUUGGUGGUGCUAUGAUGAGUGGACUCCGGGAGGCAGUGCGUAUAAUUGACAUAUUGAGUAUGGGAACUGAUUUUACGACAGAAGUAGAGGCAAUGGAGGGGGCACAGAGACACUCAGAGGUUGAACGCGAUGAAGUUAGAGACAUAACAAAGAGACUUGAGGCAGUUGAGCUGUCCAAUGUAUUGUAUAAGAAUUCUCUAGAUCGGGCCAGGCUUUUAACCAGGGAAGCUUUAUUACGAGACAUGUUCUUCAGUGCAAAAACCAUCGCAGGACGUUUGCAUCUGGCCAAAAAAUUGUUGAAUCUUCCUGUUGGAACUUUGAAGUCCUUUGCUGGGACCAGGAAAGGGCUUGCUAUGCUCAACUCAUGGAUUCUGGACUCAAUGGGGAAGGAUGGGACUCAACUCUUGCGUCAUUGUGUUCGUCUUCUUGUGCUUGUUUCAACUGAUUUACUUGCUGUGCGUUUGUCAGGCAUAGGGAAAACAGUGAAAGAAAAAGUGUGUGUGCACACAAGCCGUGAUAUACGUGCCAUAGCAAGUCAGCUGGUUAGUGUGUGGCUUGAAGUCUUCCGCAGGGAAAAAGCUUCAAAUGGUGGGGUAAAGUUAUCAAGGCAUGCAACUGCAUUGGAGUCUUCGAAGAGGAAAUCUUUCAACAAUUCAACCUCAGGAAAGCCACCUUUGCACGCUCAUCAUGGUGCUUUGGAGAAUAGUAGCAAUCUGCAGGUUUCUACAUCGACUAGAGGCCCCUUGCCAUCAAACUCUAACAUGGAAAAAGCAAAGAGCAAGCCAGAAACUCUGAAAUGCUCAAGCAGACUGGGUAUUGAGGUAGAGGAGGGUAACACGAUUGCCAUCUCUGAAGAAGAACAGGCUGCCUUAGCUGCAGAGGAGGCAGCUCGUGCUGCUGCCCAUGCAGCUGCCCAGGCAUAUGCAUCAUCAGAAGCCAAGUUUAGCACAUUGGUGCAGCUGCCUAAGAUACCCUCAUUUCACAAAUUUGCUAGACGGGAACAAUAUGCACAGAUGGAUGAAUAUGAUCUCAGAAGAAAGUGGUCUGGUGGUGUUCUGGGAAAACAAGACUGUAUAUCAGAAACUGACUCAAGAAAUUGCAGGGUUAGGGACUGGUCUGUUGAUUUCUCUGCUGCCUGUGCUAACUUUGAUAGUUCAAGAAUGUCGGGUGAUAACCUAUCUCAGCGGAGCCAUUCAAAUGAGAUUGCUUCACAUAUGAGUUUUAGAGAGCAGUCUGGAGAAAGUGCAGCGGUGGACAGUAGCCUUUUUACAAAAGCAUGGGUGGAUACUGCUGGUAGUGCAGGGAUAAAGGGCUAUCAUGCCAUUGAGAGAUGGCAAUGUCAAGCAGCGGCAGCUGAUUCAGAUUUUUUCCAUCGGGCCAUGCAUAUAAAAGAUGAAGAGGAUUCAAACACAAGUUCUAGACCACCUACCUGGAAGCAUGAUGGACGAGCAAAUGAGAGCUCCAUCUCACAGGUCACUGUAAACAACGAGCCAUCAAAACAUCAUUCUCGAGGUGCUGAUCGUAUUAAACAGGCUGUUGUUGAUUUUGUUUCAUCAUUGCUCAUGCCUGUUUAUAAGGCAAGGAAAAUUGACAAGGAGGGGUACAAAUCAAUAAUGAAGAAAAUAUCAACUAAGGUCAUGGAGAAGGCUACAGAUGUAGAAAAAGCCAUGGCUGUUUCUGAGUUUCUUGAUUCCAAGCGCAAGAAUAAGAUUCGUGCCUUUGUGGAUAAAUUGAUUGAGAAUCACAUGGCAAUGAAGGCAGCUGUUGAACCUUGACAGUCCCCAGAAUUGACUUGCCUGUUUUCAAGUAUGCUUCUGUGUGACAUUUACAGAAAGUCCAUUCAUUUCUGUUCCUUCACGAGUUCACAGUAUAAGAUGUUAGCCAUGGAGUUUGUGGCUCGGCACCUGUGUAGAUGCUUAAUUUUGGAGUGCCAAUAUGCUGUUAAUGAUGUAGAAAGUGCCAUAGCAGAAAGGGGACAGUUUUCCUGUUGAAAUCAGGAGGGUCCCAGUGAAGAUUGUUCGAUAUCCAAGUAUUCCCGCAGAUGUCUUCAGAUUCUAUUGGAGUGCAGCUCAGAGGGCCAAAGGAGCUUGGCAAUUGCUGUAGCUCUGAUUACCUGGAUCACGAGCAUCAGCAUAUUUUGAAUCAUAUUGCUCCUUGCAAUUGGUUCGUCACGUCAACAAUGAUUCUGAGGCAUUGAGAAUUGAUGCCUGACUUCUUUUUAAUUCAGGGAUUGGCAUAGAGGAGGCACUACUUAGUCCUGACUUUUUGUUGUUUGCUAUGUGUACAGUCUAGGAUUGUUUCAGUCUUGACAAUUGUCAAACAUACAGAAUAUUUCUCUCUUACUCCAAGAAGUGCUAAAGUGCUUCUCUGAUUUUUCAAGUAAAAUGCCACUAAUUUUUCUGCUGGCUGAAAUUUUAAUACAAGGAACAUGUUCUGCA